AAAUUAAGCCGUAACGAAAGUGCACAAGCAUUUCUUGGUGAAAUAAACAUGGAAGAGCCAUAUUUGGAUGGAAUUGCGUACAAUUGUGUUGCACCCGGAAAACGCUUCCAACCUAUGGAUAAUUUAAGCGGUGGUGAAAAAACAGUAGCUGCGCUGGCACUACUCUUUGCACUACAUGCACGUAGUCCAUCACCGUUCUUCAUUCUGGACGAAGUUGAUGCGGCCCUCGAUAAUACUAACAUCGGCAAAGUAAGUGCUUUUUUGUGA